CUAGUCUCAUGCUCCUCCUCGCAUUCCUAUCGCGUCCACCCUGGCCAACUAGCCAUUCAGCUUGCCGCCAUCCCCAUCACAUCCUAGCACCUCCUGUCUCCGCCGUCCCUUUUCGACAAGCUCUCCUCUUUUUAGGCGACGCAGAAGACAGAACCCAUCCAGCCAGCCGACCGCCAGCUGCCCGCUAAGAACGCCAUGUGCUGCCCCGACCAAAAGGAUCGCAUGUCUUCCAACCUUUGAAAGCGUCUUGGGACUGCUCUUUUUCACAGCCUGAUCAUCAACUCCCUCCUGAUUCUCCCAUCGCCCUCGAGUCGCGCAUGGGGCAGGAAGCAUAUUAACAAGACGACUUCGCCCCUGCAUCUCACCUCAACCCAAUCUCUGAAAGACCGAUUGCUAGCUGCCGAAUCUCACAUCGUGCCGAUCUCUUUCCCAUACUGUACGGCCGCACGGUGUACACCAAGACGAGUUCGGCUUUCCAAGCCCCACGGCCACUGAGAGCAAGCCGCCAAAGCCAGCCGCCCAGGCCAGAAAACCCGAUCUUCACUCAUCGUCGCUCCACCAUAGACACCUCCCUGUCAGUCAACCUGUACAUAUAACAUUUCGCGACAAUUGUUCUCAGAGCACCGCUUGUCACCACUGAAGCAGCGUUUAUCUUUCCUUGCGAUCGGUACGCCCACCAUAAGAUACUUCUCCGACAUACUACCCUGAUAAGGAGGCUUCUCAAUACACAACUCAACAUCAACGAACUCGACAGAGUUCGCUGUGUCCGCGACAUUGCCAGAAAAGAGCGCGACAAGAAAACCUUGCGCUCCGCGAUCGCCGAGUGUCUCAACAGCUGUUCGACCAAGGACUUUCAGCUUGAACUUUUGACUCCAACUUCAAAGAGCGACUCCGCGCCAAACCCUCUAUAACAGCCAGGCUGGCGUCCGUCGCAAUUCCCCUGCCAAUGGGGACAUCCUUCGAUGCACUCAGUGCACCUUCAAGCCUCACGCAGCGCAGACAGGCGGCCUCGAAUCUUCCCGCGUUUGAGCUGCCACCUCCAACCGCGUUACAUUUCGCUCCGUUGACAUCUCAGAAAUUUCCUCCUCUUUCGGGCAUCCAUACCUCUCACGCCGGCCCAGCACCUGUCAGUGUAGGACAACUCCUGACACCACCGUCGAAUUCGGCCUCAGAAGCAAGCGCAAGCUCAUCUGCCAUCCCAAGCGGCACAACCCCCAAUGGUGCGGCGGUUCCUGUACUCCCAUAUACACCGAGCUUUUUCCACAACACUGGUACCACCCCGACUGGAUAUCAUACCGGCUACACUCCGCAGCCAUGGCAGCACGGAAAUUCUCUCAUUUCUGCGCGAUCAAUGUUUUCUCCCCUACCUGGCCAGUCGUUGAGACCGAGCUCGAAUUCGCCCGCUCCAGGAGAAGGCUCAGCACUCCCUCCUCCGCCUUACGAUCCCCACGGACAUUACGGAGGACCUCUAUCUCUGUCCUCUCCCUCCAAUAACAGCAAUCCGGGUCCUCCUCAGCACCUAAUGUCGUCGCUGCAAAAUGGCUCUCGCCCUUCGAGCCAGCAGUCUCCUAUAACCCCUAAUGAUAGCAAGCCGGCACUAUUCAGCAGCAUGACCAGUGCCGGCCAGCAUCCGUCGGCCUAUGCAUAUGCAGCUCCCACACCUGUGUCUCAUGGUCCUCAUCAGCCCCUGUCCGCGCCGCGGAUUUCUCCCACCCUUCAUCAGGGACCACUUCCUCCCCACUCGCAACCCCCAUUUAUGAGGCCACCUCCCCCUUCAUAUUCUCUCCCGGGUAUGCCUGGUCCAAUUAUGUCCAAUGUCCAUAGCCCUGGGACCCAAAUGGCCAUGGUGGGCAGCAUGCAAGCCAACCUGUUACCCAUGGCGUUCAAUAGCGGCUAUGCUGCCAACCCGCAUGGGAUGUACGGUCACCCACGGACAAAUACACCACAGCAGUCCCCCGCGCAUGAUCGACCGUUCAAAUGUGACCAGUGCCCUCAGAGCUUCAACCGUAACCAUGACUUGAAGCGGCACAAGAGGAUCCAUCUUGCCGUGAAGCCAUUCCCCUGCAAUCACUGCGACAAGAGCUUCUCGCGCAAAGACGCACUCAAAAGACAUAUUCUCGUUAAGGGCUGCGGCAGUGGUUCUUCAGCCGACGCGGGGAGUAAAGAGGAGGGAGCGAAAUCGGAAUCUGGAAGCGACGGUAUGCAUGGAAGCCCGACAGCGGCAACAGCAGUUUAAUGGACGGGGGCCUAAGGCCCCUACUGCCCCUCUAAUUCUCACUGAGUGACUCACUCAGUGACUGUACAAUAUUUGCAUGAGCCGAACUGUGCAGAAGGUCGGUUCGCCGGUGGUUCCUGCCUGGUUCUUAUGAUGUGAUGGAUAGCAGACACCAGGGAUCGUUCGGAGUCUUGAUUGAUGGAUUUCCUUUUUCCUGAGUCGUUAUUAUACCCAGAGAUUCAUGGAUGGUUUGCAGACUAUCUGCGGCAGGGCGCUUGGAUGCGCAACGGCAGACUCAGUGGCCGAGUAUGAGCGGACUUACAGAUAUUUCUAACGGCACCUAAACAGAGGUUAAUGACGGAAGGCAUUUCUGCUUGAACAGGCAUUGGUUUUUGUGCG